GUCGCCGCACGGCGGCACCCGCGGCAGUGGAUGAAAGUCCAUAACUACAACGGUCCUCUGCUCAAACUUUGAGUUUACUUUGAACCGUAAGUAUCCAAAUCACCGUCUCUCUCUCUCUCUCUCUCUCUCUCUCUCUCUCUCUCUCUCUUCGCCUCCAUGGCGAGAACUAAACAUAUGGCCACCAAGUCCGUAGGUAUAGGCACACGAAUAUCUGGACGAACAUCAGGAGGAGCUGAAGCAACUCCGGCAUCUCCUAGCCCCAGUUUGGCUUCUGGUCUUGGCGCUAGAAGAAAUGCAGCUGAUGCACCAGGAAGCUCAGCAGCAAGACAGGGGCAGCGUAAGCCUUACCGCUACCGCCCAGGAACGGUGGCUCUUCGGGAGAUUCGUCACUUCCAGAAAACUUAUAAACUGCUGAUACCGGCUGCACCUUUCAUUAGAACUGUAAGGGAGAUUAGCUACUUUUAUUCCCCAACGGUAACUCGUUGGGCCGCUGAAGCUUUGGUAGCUCUUCAAGAGGCAGCAGAAGAUUAUCUAGUUCAUCUGUUUGAAGAUGCAAUGCUUUGUGCUAUCCACGCGAAGCGUGUAACUCUUAUGCAAAAAGACUGGGCACUAGCGCGACGGCUGGGAGGGAAAGGUAAGCCUCGGUGAGAGGGGGGACUGGAUGGUAAUUUUUUUUUUUUCCUUAUUUGGUAAAUGUGGAUGGUAAAUGUUACAUGUAUAUGAUAUGACAAAAUUAGGCAGUCAAAUAAUAAUUAAUCUUAAAAGUGCUUUUGUGGGUUC